GGAGCGUGCGAGGAGAAAGCCCACGAGAUUGCUUAUUUAAAAAAAAAAAAACGAAUAAAGUGUGCACAUUAAGCCACACGCGAACGCCACGAGCUGGGCGCACUCCCUUCAAGCAAGCCAGAGGACUUUGAGUUUCUUUUUUUUUCCGCUUCUAUUUGCUCCCAACGCCCACUGCCGAUGGACAUCACUGCCAAGAUGGAAAUAAGCGUCAGCCAGCAACAGUUUGUGCCGCCUGCCUGCUUCUUCGCUGCUGCGGCACAGAACAUACAGCUCAGCCCGGCAGAUAGCCAGUGCAGCGGUAAGUCCGCAUCCAAGCAGGUGAAGAGACAGCGUUCCUCCUCACCCGAGCUGCUGAGAUGCAAGAGGAGGCUCAAUUUCGCAGGGUUCGGGUAUAGCCUGCCCCAGCAGCAGCCGCACGCGGUGGCCAGGCGGAACGAGAGGGAGCGGAACCGGGUGAAGCUGGUCAACAACGGUUUUGCCACGCUUCGGGAACACGUUCCCAACGGCGCAGCUAACAAGAAAAUGAGCAAAGUGGAGACCUUGCGCUCAGCAGUGGAGUACAUCCGGGCUCUACAACAACUCCUGGACGAACACGACGCCGUGAGUGCCGCCUUUCAGUCCGGGGUCCUGUCGCCAACGAUGCCCCAGAGCUACUCAAAUGACAUGAACUCCAUGGCCGGCUCCCCCGUGUCAUCUUAUUCUUCAGACGAAGGAUCUUACGAUCCACUGAGUCCUGAGGAGCAAGAGCUGUUGGACUUUACCAACUGGUUCUGAGCUUCUGCAAAAGGUAUAUGAAUUAUGUUUUGAAACGAGGAAUACUCUCAGAGCGCGCGAAGAUACCAUACAGCACAGGGGAGGUCGUGCGCCCUCCAGUAAUUAAAUAAAUAAACCGAAGCACUGCGUUUGCGCACCGUUCCGGUAACGGGACAGGGUGCGCUGGAACUCACGGCGCUUACACCGGCUCACAUCGCCACAGAGCCAAGUGCCUCGGGACCAGGGAGAGGACAAUUCUCGUGCCAAACGUACACCACUGACAGCGUGGGAAUCCAGCCUCCUCGCGCGAUGGUCCACGAAAACAAUUAUUAAAAAGUGACCUUUAACAACACGAUAGCACACAAAACACUUUGUAAAGGCUGUUUUCAAACUAUGCUA